AUGAAUGUCGUGUACGGAAAGAAUUAUACCAUUUCUCAGGAUCAACCAAAACAUUUCGGAAAGAGAACAAACAAUCAAUUUCCGAGGUUUAGUUGCCAUACCGCGGUAGAACGGAAUGGACAAUUGAUAAUAUUUGCUGGCACGGCGAGAGGAGAAAUUGUUUAUUGGAAGCAUGAAGACAAUAACGAAAAAGUAGCGACUAAUUUUACGCUUCUGGGAAAGCAUUCAGCAUCUAUACUUUGCAUCAUGUAUCAUCCAUCUCUUGAAUUAAUUGUCACAGGCUGUGUUGAUCACUCAAUGAAAGUCUUUGACCCGUUUGGAAAAUAUCUGGCAGAAAAUUCGUGCCUUCAAACCAUGUUUUCUCAUUCAAAACCAGUGACAUGCUUGGCAUUUCAUUUUGAUUUAAUUAUUUCGGGUAGUUCUGAUAUGACUGUUAAGAUAUGGAAACCUGAUAAGGAGAGGAAAAAAUUGAAUCUUGUUCCUUGGUUUACUUGCUUCAAAACACUAAGCGAAUGCGACGCAUGGGUAAGCUCGCUGUGGGCCUCUCCUGAAGAACUUUCCGGAGACCAAGGAGAAAUCGUCGUUGGUACAAUGAAAGGAACUUGUUUUGUGUAUAAAACAGUUGGAGAGCUUCGAGAUCGAAAAUCCAUCACUGAUGUAAAAUUUAUGUACAAACUAAAGCUUAGAGACAAGGGAAUAACUAGUAUAUUGAUGUUGCAAGGUAGUAACAUGAUGGUUUCUACUGGAUUUGAUAACGAGGUUAAAUUUACAGAUUACAGUGGAAAGACUGUAUUCUCACGUUUUGUAAGCGACGAACGGAUAUGUGGCAUGGACUGGAAUAGUGAAUUUGAGGAACUGAUUUCAGUAUCGGAGUCUGGAAAGGUGAAUGUUUACCAGUAUAGAACUGGAGAAUCUCCCCUCUCGUUUCAUUUUACUAAGGAGCCAACUUGUCUCAGUUUUGUUUCCGGAAGAAUUCUUGUAUCAGGAAGAAAUGCUGUGCAGUCCUUCUUCAUUGAAAGAAAUAUUCCACACCGAGAGCACAAGGAUCACUCCGAUUCAGUCGUCGGUAUUUCUGUAAAUCCCAAAAGAACAGCCACAGCUAGGUUAAUUACGGCAGGAGCUGACAACAAAAUUUUGGUGUGGGAAGUAAGCAAAUUUGAUAUGAGAUGCAUUGAUCAAAUCAAAUGUGAUCCUAGAGGAGACAAAACAGACGUGACAUCUUUCGUGUACAUUGACGAAGGAGUAGCAUGUAGUGGCCAUGACAGUGGCCUUCUCACGUUGUGGAAUUUAGAAAAGGGAAAGGAAUUGUUUACAGUUCAGCUCCAUGAAAAUACGGUUUGUGAUUUAUUCAAAGGGACCCUGGUCACAGACCGAAAGAGACCCUCAAUUUUUUCACCUCGAGGCACGUUCGAUAGAAACCAGAGGGACAAACGAGAGUGUGUUGUCUUGGUUUCCUCAAGUUUUGACGGAUCCUUCGGAGUAUGUGAUUUAACAAAAUUUAUAUAUGAAAACCAACAGCCAAUUUUCAAAGUGAAGCAUAAUGCACACAACCGUGAAAUUUUGUGUGUCAUACUGAAUCAGCUUAAUGGAUCAGUAAUAACUGGAGGAAACGAUGGUAUUAUUCGAUUUUGGUCCAUUGACAAUGAUUUCCAACAACUAGGUGAAAUUAAGGCUAAGCGAAAAGAUAAUGAUUCAAAAGGGCACAAACAUGCCGUUGUUUCUUUGGCUCUUGACGGAAAUUUUUUAUAUUCUGCCAGUGAUGACCAAACCAUUGCUCUCUGGAAUAUUUUGACCUUGGAAAAGCUAAUUUCCAUUAACUGUUCAGAGAUCAUUCUAGGAAUGAGGUUGAUUGAGGACAACCAAGGAAAGAUGCUAACCUGGUAUAAGGGUGGACGAGUUGACAUUUGGCAGCUAAAUGCUGAGGACUCGACUCAGCACAUUUUAUUUUCUUAUGAAAACAAAAAGACAGACUUUACCUUUUUGAAUUAUGACAAUGAAAAGAAUGAAAUAUUUGCAGGUGACUCUUCAGGAAAAAUUCUUCGAAUCAAAACGAAUUACAACGAAUUGAAUCAUGAAGCCGAGAAGUACGUGGAAGAAAAUUUCAGAAAAGACUCGGCUGUUCAAGCAGAAAAGAAGAAGGAAGCUAGACCAAAGUUGUUGCCAAGUGCAACUUUUAAUUCACUUCUUGCCACUGAUAAUCAUUCCACAACCGUACCAAUUUCCAAUGACGCGUCCUCCUCUCUCAAUAACUCUCAAAUUGCAAAUACCAACAUGUCACAUCCUCAUCAUGUUUCCAAUUCUAACUCCACCUCUCACACUCCACGUAUCGCUUCCAAAUUCAAAAUUUCCAUUAAUUUAUUUGAUGAACUUUUUGGAGAGUUGACGUGA